UUUUUGUUUGUUUUUUUUUAACCUUAGUGUCAGAUUACACUGGAAUAUGCACUAUCCCAUUUAAAAUAGGACAUUCUUGUGUCUUUGAGGAUACCGUUGUCGAUCUGGUUCACACAGUGUUUUCCUGGUUCUGUUCGAUUAGCCGAAUAGCUAGCGUAUGCGCUAGCUCGCUGGCUGGCUAGUAAGUCUCCAGUGAUGCUAACGUGGCGACGGCUGCACGUGAAGGCGAGGGCGGCUCACGGAUUACUGACGUCCAGGCUGGUGACAGAACAGCAAACGUGGGUACACGGACACUUACCGUCGCGUCAAAGCCUGAGCACGGGCACACCUGUGCGGAAUGACUUCUUCAAAGAUUUGGAGGUCCAGUUGGCAGCCGCGAGGCAGAAGGCUGUCGAUGCAAUGCCGGGCAGCAGCUGGAGUCCCAUUGAGAUCAACCCGAGCCUUCCUCCGGAGAGGGCCGACAUUGUGAUCGUGGGUGGGGGUGUGGUGGGCUGGUCCAUCGCCUACUGGCUGAAGCAGAAGGAGAGGGUGCGAGGAGCGUUGAAAGUGGUUGUGUUGGAGAAGGACACAACGUACGCUCAGGCCUCCACGGUGCUCUCUGCUGGGGGGAUCCGGCAGCAGUUCUCCCUGCCUGAGAACAUCCACCUCUCCCUGGCCUCUGCGGAUUUCAUGAGGAACAUUAAUGAUUACCUCGGCGUGUUGGAUGAAGAGCCCAUAGACCUGCAGUUUAACCAUUCAGGAUACCUUUUCCUGGCCAGUGAGAAUGUGGCCCACAUCAUGGAGGAAAACUACAGCACCCAGAGGGAUGCUGGAGCCAAAGUUUCACUCCUCUCUCCCACACAACUCAAAGAGAAAUUUCCAUGGAUAAACACAGAUGGUGUGGUACUUGCCUCGCAUGGGCUGGAGAACGAAGGCUGGUUCGACCCCUGGACUCUGCUGAACGCCUUCAGGAGGAAGGCCAUGUCAAUGGGAGUCGUCCAGUGCUGUGGCGAGGUCACAGAUUUUAAGUACUCGGUGAACAGGGCGAUGACGACUGAGGGCGAAAGUUUGGACAUAAGAAGAAUUAAAUCUGUGAAGGUGCAGAUGCCAAACAGCCUGGAGUACCAGCCGGUGGAAUGUGCCAUUGUGGUGAAUGCAGCAGGAGCCUUUUCAAGUAAACUGGCACAGAUACUGCGAGUCGGCUCCGGCGCCAAAAACACCUUCGAAGGAAUCUCUCUGCCCGUCGAGCCUCGGAAAAGGUUUGUGUACGUGUUCCACUGUCCUGACGGUCCAGGUCUGGACACGCCGUUCCUCGUCGAUUACUCUGGAGUUUAUUUCAGAAGAGAGGGACUGGGAGGAAACUACAUCACUGGAGCUUCACCAGAAGAGGAGAACGAGCCGGACACUGGGAAUCUGGAGGUGGAUCAUGAGUUUUUUAUGGAAAAGAUUUGGCCCAACUUGGCUCAUCGGAUUCCUGCCUUUGAGAAACUUAAGGUGACCAGCGCGUGGGCAGGUUUCUACGACUACAACACCUUCGACCAGAACGGCAUCAUUGGGCUUCACCCUCUCAUCCCCAACAUGUACUUUGCCACCGGCUUCAGCGGCCACGGCCUGCAGCAUUCUCCCGCCGUGGGCCGCGCCGUGGCCGAGCUCAUCCUGGACGGGAACUUUCAAACGCUGGACCUGAGCAGAUUCGACUUCAGGCGGCUUCUGAACCAGGAGCCGAUGCUGGAAAGAAACAUUGUGUAGUUUCUAAAAUAAUAAUAAUAAUAAUAAUAAUAAUAAUUCCAAAAAAAACUGUGAAAAUUGCAAAGAGGAUUUUUCUUUUAUGGGUUUAUAACUUAAAGACUUCAGUAUUUUUUGAUUUUAAAAGUGUUAUGUGAUGAUGAUACUUUUAUAUAAUCAAACAAAAUCCUGAUUUCUACUGAGCCUCAACAAUACAUAUGUUUUCUGAUGUUUAUGUAUAUAAUACAUUAUAUAAACUAUGGUAAGUCAUGGUAUACUUCCUUACAUAAGCUUUUACUGUGUCAUGUUUAGUUGUGGAUGGUUAAAAUAAUGUCUCAGCAGAGGGAAGAGUCUGUUAAUAAAGACACUUUUUAAAAUGA